AUGCCACGUAAGCUACGUAAGAAUAUACGUAAGAGGAAGAGAGCAUUGAAACAUCCAAUAGUAAAACUGACACCACAACAACAGUUGCAACAACAAAUGAUGAAUGACCCCACUAUGUUGCAACAAAUGUCAAGCAACCCUAUGCUUUUAAACCGAGUUAUUGGUGCACAGAGUGGAGGUUUAAGAGCGGCACUUUUAGCGAAAAUGGCAGGCUAUGGUGGAGCUGCAGACGGAACAGCUUAUAACCCUCAAAGUCAAAUGAAUUUGAGUUCACUCAAAAAUCAAAUAACAGAUGUCAAAAAGUCAAACAUAGACAUACAGAAACAAAUAAGUGAAAACGAAAAGAAACUAGAAUAUGACAGACACACAAAGAAACUCAAUGAGUUAAACGUAGAGAAAAAGAAGAAAGAAGAACAACUGAAAGAACUAAGUACAGAGGAAUAUGCGAAAAAAGUGUCAGAAAAAGCAGCAGAAGUAGCAAAAAUGGAACAAGAUGUUAUAAAUUUGAAAAACCAUACUACUCAAUAUAAAGUACUGAAAGAUGAAGAGAUAAAACAAAAAGCCCUGAAGACAUAUAUGGAUAGCGAUGAGUAUAAAAAAGAAGUUGAAGCAAAUGUAAAGGCAGAAAAACUUUUACAGUUGCAAAACCAAACCGUACAGUAUGAAAACUUAGCACAAGAAAGUAAAAAUAACGACGCAGCCAUGCAAAAGGCAAUGAAAAGCGCAGAAUAUAUAAAAGCUAAUAAUGACUGGUUAGAUGCCCAAGCCAACGCCAAAGCAGCCCAACUUAUAGGGUCAAUAAGGACAAAAAUACAAGCGGAUGAAGACAGUUCAAAUGAAGCUUUAAUGAAUGCUGACUUUAAGAACGCCUUCGAAGCUCUUCAUAGUAAGGUGAAACUAGUGAACGACUUCUCAUCUGGAAAGAAACUGAAGUCUGAAGGUUUCGACAACGAGUUAAGAGAAGUAGCACAAAAUAUGACGAAAAUAACAGAUGCAGCAACGAGACAGGCAGUUCAAAGUGCCUAUGACGCCGUUAGAGCAACUGUUGUGGAAAGUCAAGAAAAAGAGUUGCAACAGACCAAAACAGACCUAGUAAAUGCUUUCUUAAAAACGAAAAGUCAGGUAGGACAUUAUGCUGCAGAUGGAACAUAUGUGCCAGCUGGUGGAACUUAUAUACCACCAGAUGAGGUACAAGAAACUCCACAGGAAGAAGUUCAGAUACAACCAGACAUGGAAGAAAUAGUUCAGCAACAACAGCUAGAAGAGCCUGAAGGAAACGAACAAGUCCCUCCUUUGGAAACUACAGAAAUAAAUGACGCAAGACUGAAACGUUGGGUAAAAGCUUUCCCAUUCACAAAAGAUAUUAUUGGUAACAUGGAAAGAAAACCAGAAUGGCUACAAAAACAUAUAUUUGGAAACGAGCUUAUUCCAUAUGGACAAGCUCUGUUUGAAGAGCUUGAACCGGAAACUCAGGAAAGAGUCAUGCAAACAAUACGCGAAGACUCAAAUACAAACUAUGACAAAAUCUUUCUAGGAUAUAGGUUACCUGAGAUGGGCGACCAGAGCCCAAAGGCAAAAAGGACAUGGGAAAUUUACAACAUACUAGGUGAACAUGAGGCAAAGAUGCAACAACUUGAAGCAGAGGGCAAGUUACCAAAAGCGACACCAAAGAAGAAGAGUAGAACAAAGUGA